AUGUUGACCCUUGUGGAUAUUCUAAAGGACGAAUCGGUGGACGAUGUAACGCGUAAACGAGAGAUGGACGCACUCUUUUGGGAGAUGGAACAGCUUGAAUUUGAAGCCAACAAGACGGCGAUAUGGAAUUACACGUGCGACCGGGAGUUGGAAGAGUACGAGACGCUGAAUACCGAGAUUGACACGUCUAUUGAUAAGGUCAUGAAGGAGAUUGAGGAAUUAAAGCAGAAGGUGCACAAGGAGAAGACUAUACGUGCUUAUAAGGAAGAGUACGAGUCUAUUGCUCGGGUAAUUAAUGAGCUACCGUCGAGGAAGGAAAUCACUGCGGAAAUUCAGAGCGAGAAAAAACGACUGGAGGGCGCUACAAGAGCCAUCGAAGCGGUGGAUCAAAAACUGGAACUACGCACGAAACAAUUUGCAGUAUUGAUAAACACGAUCCAGAACUUGAAGGCCACGCUGGACGAAGAUGCUGUGGUAGAAAAAGAGGACCAUCAGGAGGACGAGGAGAUGGAGGAUGGGGAGAGCAAGACUGCUACUACAUUAAAUGAGAACGGUUCUUUAACAACUCUAGUGCCCAUAUACAUGACCGAAACAUGA